AAUUUCUUAGCUCAUUUAGCUUGAUGUUUCAGGGUCACUGUGGUUCUUGUUGGGCUUUUGGUGCUGUUGAAGCAUUGUCUGAUCGUUUCUGCAUCCAUUUUGACCUGAACAUAUCUUUGUCUGCUAAUGACCUCAUUGCAUGCUGUGGCUUCCUGUGUGGAGCUGGUUGUGAUGGAGGGUAUCCAAUUGCUGCCUGGCGAUACUUUGUCCACCAUGGUGUUGUCACUGAAGAGUGUGAUCCAUACUUUGAUGACAUUGGCUGUUCUCACCCGGGUUGUGAGCCUGGAUAUCCUACUCCAAAAUGUGUGAAGAAAUGUGUUAAUGGGAACCAGCUUUGGAGAGAUUCAAAGCACUAUGGUGUCAGUGCAUAUAGAAUCGAUUCCGAUCCAUACAACAUCAUGGCAGAAGUUUACAAGAAUGGACCAGUUGAGGUCGCCUUCACCGUCUAUGAGGAUUUUGCUCACUACAAGUCAGGAGUCUACAAACACAUAACUGGUGGUAUAAUGGGAGGGCAUGCAGUUAAGCUCAUCGGAUGGGGAACCUCUGAUGACGGAGAGGAUUAUUGGCUUCUUGCAAAUCAGUGGAACAGAGGCUGGGGUGAUGAUGGUUACUUCAAGAUCAGAAGAGGCACAAAUGAGUGUGGCAUUGAAGAGGACGUGAUUGCUGGUUUGCCCUCGACGAAGAAUCUUGUCAGAGAGGUUGCUACUGGAGAUGGUCUCAUUGAUGCUUCAUUCUGAGAGUAGUUCACUCUACCAAGACCCCUUAUCAUAUAAGUCUGUCAUUCGUGAACUUAAAAGGCACUGUUGUAGUUUGAUUAUAUAAAUUAUCAGCUAGUAUGAUGCACUGUUUGAAAACUUCAUGCUUGUGUAUAGAAUAUAAACAAUGUGCCCACAAGAUAUAAACACCAAUAACAUUUGCAAAUCCGA